UCCUUUCCCCACUGGACGAGGAGCCGCGGGUCUUGGAAUUGAAGCCCGCCGAGCCGGAAGUCGCUGUGCUUCUUCACCUCCCUCCGCACCGGCGGAAACACUAGCCGUGGAAGAGAGGUUCCGGAGUUGGCGUGGGCUGGCGGCCGCAGAAUGGAGCCCCGGGCCGAGGACGCGGGACUGAGCCGCCGCCUGGUGCUGGCGUCUUCCUGGGAUGCUGCCUGCGGGGCCCUGGCCCGGAGCCUCCGUCUCACCCGGGCUGAUCUCGGCGGCCCGGACUUGGACUGGGAGGAGCUGCUGGCGCCGCCUGCCCCGGGCCAAGGUCUGGUGAGUUUGAAAAGAAGCCCCGACAGCCAGGAUGAAAACCCCUGCUUCCUUUACCUGAGAGGUGACCCUAACGGAGGUGAAGAAAUCGUUUCUAUUGGCAUUUUAAGUUCAGCGAGAAAUAUGGAAGUGUACUUAGGAGAGGAGUACUGUGGAACCAGUAGGGGCAAGAAUGUGUGUAGUGAUCUGGAUAACAGUGAGCAUGAAAUUAUUUUCUACAAAAAGUAUUUACAAUUGGAGUCUUCCAGUCAUGCUUGUAAAAUAAAGUUGCUCUCCUUUGGUGAAAAGCCAUAUGUGUUCCUCAGUAGAGUUGUGGUACACAUGAGGCAGGUUUCAGCCAGUUCUUCCACAAGCUCUCCUGCUCUGGGAUCAAGGAUAGACCUGCAGAGGGUCCAGACGAUCGUGGAGUCCAUGGGGUCAAAGUUGUCACCUGGAGCUCAGCAACUGAUGGAUAUGGUUCGAUUUCAGCAGCAGAAUUGCGUUCCCAUUGGAGAGCAGCUUCAGUCCAUUCUGGGAAAUGCUAGCUACAAACGCUUGGCUGACCUGCAGUCGUCAUCUGCUUCAGGAGCCUUCGACAAGUCCCCGCCCACGCCUUUUCCUUUCAGAACCGGAUUGACCUCUGGAAACGUGAUGGAAGACUUAAAAGCUCACAUUGAUAAAAGUCCACAGCCACCUGGUGGAGGAAAGACCACAGACCUCAAAGAGUAUAAAACUGUGUCACAAAGCCAUGGUCUUUUCGAGAAAGACCUCAGAAAUGCAGUUUCUUCUUUGCUACCAAAGAAAGCAAGUGACAGUUCCAGUAUCCCUAACUCUGACUUGCUGCCUUUUCUCCAGAAUUUAUGUAGUCAAGUGAACCAUCUCUGCGUGGGACGUAGCACUAACUGGCAGGAAAACCUCACUAAGACUGGCGAAGGCAUUGCUGGUGCUGUAACGGAAGAGCAGCCCGUGUGCUCCUACUUGGAAAAGAUCCUUACUAAAACUAUGGACCUGAUGGAAAAGAGGCUGGUGGACUACAUCGAUCGGCGGAUACAUGAACUGCAGGAGCACAUAGACACAAAGAUGGCUCCGCUAAUGGACGUGCUGCAGAAUCCUUACUCCCUGCCCGCCGGGGCGGCCCUCAGGCAGUGUGACUCCGGAGAAGGACUUUCAAAUGGAGAAAGAUAAGUGCUCAACGCGUGCAGUGUACUACAGAUAUUUAUUACGUAUUUAUUACAAAGCCAAAACCCCACAAGUUCAAAGCAAGUACUUCAUGGCAUCUGAGGAUCAUUGUCUUCCAUAACGUGACCUCAGUGUUCAUUUUAACUGUACUUGUUCCUGUAAACCCAGUCCUGUGCACUAAGAUUUAACUUGAUAGGGUUAUAAAUUAUUUGUUUGCAAUGUUUUUAUUUUUAUUUUUUACUUUUAUUUACUUUUUUGUUUAAGUGUUUAAACUUUUUAGAAUUUCUAUUGCAAUUCAUGAGUCUGUAUUGUAUAUGUGUUUGAUCUAAGACCGUUUUAAUUUAUACAAAGACCUUAUGUUUUAAGGGUAUGAAAAAAUACAGUAUUUCAUAUAUUUUUCUUUCUCUAAAACUGAGUACUUAAGACUUGCAACCUUUAGUUUCCGAUCACAUAGUUACAUUUUAUAUUGUUUAUUUCAGAUAAAAAAUUAGAUGUGUUGCUUCUGCACCAUUAGUUUACAUUGGGGCCAUUAAUUUUAUGUUCUGUCAUGUUGGAGCUGUGUGUGGAUAGGAAAGAAAAAUCCGAACUGGCCUUUGUUAAGUUUAUUACUUUAGGUUAGCAUUUGGUGGAAAAUAAGAGAAGUCACCUUGUUUCAUCUCUGUAAACCCAGAAAGUAUAAGGAACUCUUAUUUUCUGAGCUGAUAGUGGUUGUUCUUUCCUGAGACCUUCCCUGGUAUGUUCCAAGCACGAAGCCCUGAGGCUCUUACAGGAGGGUGAAGGCCUAUGAAUCAAGGACAUCGCGGUUCUCUCUCUGCAGACGUAAUUUUCAGAAAUUGUAAUGAUUUCAUAGGUCUUGAGGGGUGGUAUAUUUGCAUCUAAAAAAUAAAUGCAUCUGCUCUGGAAACUA